CCAACUGCCUGACACUCAAGUUCUCAUCGUACCUUCAAGUAAUUCAGUCGAAUUCCAAAAUGGGUACUUGGGUGUAGAUCAAACAAGUUCUGUGGAUGGAGAGGAUGCUGAUACGUACCCAAGGACCAUUUCACUAGUGACUGCAGAGCGUGAUCCCUUCUCUGAAGUGCAAUUGGCUAGCCACGCUAUAGAACUAUUUAAUUCGCUAUCAACUACCACACCUGGAACAUCUUCUAGUUCGAAUUCAAGGCCGCCCUCGAUCUCUUAUUUCUCGAUACCACUGACAAAUGACUUGCCACAAGCUUUACGCACUCCUCGGUCUUCAAUAUCGCAUCAGCUUAUUGCAACAUUAUUUCCCUCAGAUACAAACCGAGAAGCACUUGUCACGGCCCUAAACGUCGAUAUAAGACGCUAUUCCUCGCCGACUUUAUCUAAUCCUAUUUCACCUGCCACGUACUCUAUAACCUCUCCCGUGCGCAUUGACAUCGAAGUUCCCCGUAUCAUAUACCGGCUCGGAGAUGUCAUACCUGUCUAUUUAACUAUUCCGAUACCUACUUCCUCCCAAAUUCUCCAACAGGGGUUCAAACUACGAAACGUUGUAGUGGAGCUUGUCCGCACAACAAAAUUGCUGCUACCCCACGAACAAGCCAAUUCGAAGGAGUCGGUAUCGGGCUCAACAAAGUCACCUACUGCAAUCAAUUAUGCCAACCCGGGACCGUCGAACGAACAAGCAUCUUCUUCGACGCCAUUAGAAGAUACAAAGCUAGCCACCGAGAGAGGUGAUAAUGACAAUGUGCAGGACGAGAUACCCAAUUUUUUCAAGACUGUUUUAACUCGUACUGGCGCUCCUGCACGAUUCCAUUCAUCGCGGCCUCUACGUCUUCGGUUACUUCUACAAGCAUCGUCGUUACCAUCCAGCCCAGCUGCUCCUCCCACGGACACCGUGAAUUAUUCUAAUGGGUCCUCUGAUUGCUCGAUUACUCAACACACCACCCUGCAUUCUGUCGAUUUCUCUCUCGACGUUACCAUCUCAUUUUUGCACCACCAGGCUCAUGGAACAGGUACAGAAGAACCGCAUCCCCCUCAAGAUAGUACCUCAAUCUCAGUUCCUAUCACCUUACUUCCACCUGUUGUCAAAAAUCGUCAAGCAUCCGAGGAGGUGACUAUGGAAACUGCAUACCAUAAAAAAUUUGAUAAGCCGCCUACUCAAACCAACAGAGAGUCAGAUGCUGAUAUUGGGCCUCCGGGACCAAGUGCAUCGGGGGCUCCACCACCAUUUGAUGAACGGGAUGCUCCUCCCCCUCCAUUUGUUCAUUCAGACCCCCAAUCUGCACAGGCAGGGACCUCGAGAUUACCAACCUUCCUUGAAUCAGAGGCUCAUUAUGUGGUUCCGAUGUUGGCAACUUCAAGCUCUUCACAGGUGCCGUACCGGGCCUAUCAUGCCACAGAGUCUACUUUUCAGUCAUCUCGGUCAUCUGAUGUGCCGGAAAGUAGAGAAAGGGUUCUAAAUAUUGAAGGAGAGGGGGAGAUAUUUGGCUUCAAGCCAGAAGACCAGUUCGAUGGUCUAGAAGCAUCCUUCGGAGGUAGCGCAGAGCCUCCUCCAGCUAUCGAUGCGGUCGAGAGUGAUACUAAUGUCACAGCCUUGGCUGACCUGGUGGAUCAACCUGAGCAGGCUCUGAAUGCUAUUGGACGUGGACUAGGCAUAUCGGCAGUAGUUGAUACUGUCUACGUUGGCAGGCGAGAGAGCGAGAUGGAUCGUUUGGGACAUGCAUUACAGAUGGAAGCCGACGAGGCACCCGCACCACCUUUUAUGGACGACCCUGCAGAUCCACCCCCAGGUAUUGACAUGGAAUAUCGAACCUCUCCUCCACCUUUUCAAACAAGCGGCCCCGAGACUGAUCUUAUAGGAGCACAAAUCCCUCCCACCGAUUUACCGCCUUCCAUUGAAGACAUCGUACUGCCUCCAAACUCACUCCCCAGUGAGGACAUUAGUGGCCAAUCCGCACGACCACCCCCUUAUCUUAACACCCCUGCUCAAAUAGACGGGCAACAUCGACCACCUCCUUACGUAGACUUACGACCUUGA